AGAGGAACCACUUUCUGGACUGCCCCCUUGUCCCUUACCCGUAGCCCUGGCCCACUUGCUCCUUUGUUUUUUGUUCUCUCAGGCAGGAUUCCCUUAGUGAGUAAGUCUCUGGGGGACUCUGGCCAUUGCAAGAUUUGCUGGGCUGUGGGGUGUAGCAGAGAGCAGUCCCUAGGAGAAGCAGCUGGCCUUGCUCCCAGCUGGUGGAGGUAGGGCCGCUAUGUCCUACCCAGUGGAAUCCUGCCCAGGGCUCAGCCUGGUACCAGGGGCAAAGGGAAAGGGUACCCCUUCAUUGUGUGGACACCCAGAUGGCAGAGGCUGCUGGGAUCUGUUCCUCCUGUGGUGAGUGGUGGCCACCCUGAGCACUCCUGCUUCCCCUUCUAGGUUCCUGCACUUGUAUGGGCAGAGACAAAACCUAGGAGGUGGCAUGACCACAGGCCCUGGAGGCUGGGAGGCUGGGGACCCAGGUGUCCAAGGCACCUUUACACCUGUCACUGCAGCUCCCAUGCCAACUUCAGAGCCAGGAGGUGUGGUCCCCGUUUUGCCGACGAGAGACUUGAGACUUAGAAGAAAGUUGCUUAGCCCAGGUGGUGAUGGUAAAACUCAGGAUUCCAAAGGGCUUUGUCUUCUUGCUUGCAGCUGGCAUCAGGUGCAGUGAGCAUCGGGUCUGGCCCAGAGGUCAGGAGUCAUUUCUAGCUGGCAGCUGAUAAAGAAUGCAUGAGGCCUGCUAACCCUGCAGGCAGGUGGCCUAGCUGAGCCACCAUGGCCCAACACUACCACGUCCUCUCUCAAGUGGCAUCUGUGGUCCUACCCCCUGCCCUGCCCUUGACAGAGUCCUGGUAGCUGCGGAGAUUGAUGGGGUCUUGUGAGCCCCUUCCUGCUCUGCUGGCUCUGCUGUGCUGGGCUUUUUCCUGCUCCUUGCCAGGAGGCCCAGUGGUAGCCACGUUUCUGCCUGGACAUCAGGCAUGCAGGCCUCCUUCAGUGACCUUUACAUGUGUUUUGUGGCUGCUGGAGGUAGAGUGGUUGCACAGAGCUGGCCGUGACAAGAGGCUCCAGGCCUGGACAGGGCUUCUGAUCAGACCCCAAGAGAGGCCUCGGCAAGAUAGGAAGUGAGGAGUCAGGCCAUCGCUGACCAGAAGACGGAGGUUGCCAUGGGGAUCAGAGGAACAGGAAGCACGGGACCUAAAGGAGGGGGCACUGGGCACCUGGGGGUUGGGCGCGUGGUCAGAGAGCCUGUGGCAGAAUGUGAGCCAGCUUAGCACCCUCCUUGGACACACAGGGAGACUGAGACCCAUGAUACAUGACCACACUGGCUUGGCCUGGCCUGCCUUGCCUGCCCUGGGUGGCUGAGCAGCCCCUCAGAGGGGGGCAGGGUGGUGCAGUGGGGUGGCCUGGGCUCUGUAGAAGUGGGUGGCUGCGCUGUUGUGACUAGGGUGCACACCACCUCCCUUUUGGCCCCCACUGUGGGUGCAGGACAGGCAGGCAGGGCCCAACGAGCCCGGUGGCACCAACCCCACAUGGACUGUGGCCUUUUGUUUUCGGGGUGACACUUGCAUCAGGCGAUGUGUCUGGGUGACACAUCUCCAGGCAGGCAGCUGUCACAGGGCAGUCUGAGCAGAUGGGUGGGGAAAGCUGACACCCGGGCAGGGCUGGCAAGCCAGUGCCUGGGCAGCAGGGGUAGAAGACGCCUUUCGCAGGACCCUGCAUCAGGUAGACCUUGGCUUGGCUGGCUCUGUACCAGCUGGCCGUGUGACCUGGGCAUGUUCUUUAUCCCUUCAAGGCUCUAUUUCUUCAACUCUGUCAUCCUGGGGCUCCUAAUCCCACCCCAUCCUGGGGUUGUGACCCAGGGCAGAGCAGGUAUUUGGUAGAGUAUGGUUCCCUCCUAAAGCCCCUACCUCAACCCCGCUGCUGAUCCAAGCAGGAAGACCCUGCCUCUGCCCUGUCUGCGCUCUGUCUUGGGGUGCAGGCCAUGCUAAAGGGAAGGUGUGCGUCUCCUUGCUGACUACCUGGGGCUCUGGGCAGAUUCCUUGUCUAUCCCUCAGUUUCCUUACCAGGAAUACAGUGUGAGGUUGUUACCAUUCGUAAAGAAAGCAUAGGCAAAGGGUGGAGUGUGGUGUUGAGCCUGCCUCCUGGCUGGGAUGUCUGGUUUGAGAGGUGCCCAUGCUUUGGGGCUGUAAGACGCCACCCUGCGCUGGUCACUCACACGGAUUCCCUGGCCCUGCUGUGUCCCUGUGUACCAAUUGCUCUAGCUUGUAUUCCUAAACCCCUUGCAGGCCCAAGACACCCCCCCAACCCAGUGCCUGGCUUCAGCCAGGCAUUGGCAGGGAGAAGACUUUGUCCUAUUGGCCCAGGUAACACCAGUCCAUGGCUGUCUUCAGCUUCAGGGCCAGGGCUCAAGAGAACCCCUGGCAGGGACACGGGCACCUCAGGCCCUUGAGAGGCUCAGGCCCUUGCCCGAGAGUCUGGAGUGUGUGGGCAUGAUGAUCAUGGCAUGUGUGUGAGGGAAGGGCUGGGGAGACACGAGUGAGGGGAACCCAGCGUCAGAGCUGGGGGAUGACACAGGUGUCAUGUGGAUAUCCCCACUCUGUCCCUUCACUGGAGAGACAGAGGCAUUGAAUACCAGAAAGCUCUUGGGGCUGCAGACAGGUGCACACAAGAAUCCAGAGCCUUCUCCCUGGCCAGGCCUCUUGCCACGUUCAUCUGAGUAGAGGCAGGAGGGACUGCUCCCCACAGGGCUGACUCCCGUUUCAGAGGCCUGCUUCGCAGCACUUGUAAGCCUGAAGCCAGACGGCAGAUCUCCCUGACUAGGAGUUUCUAGGUGCCUCCCUCAGUCUGGCCCCAGGGCUGGCACUGCAUCCAGAGUCUGCUCAGCACUGCAGGCCUCCACAGAGAGUGCCAUCCAUCCCAUGUUGGGGGCAAAACCCAUGCUGCAGUUGGCCUUGGGUAAACACUCCUUUCUCUCUCUUUCCGGCUCCUGGCAGGCAACAGGAAGUCCUUUUGGGGCUGGGACUCUGUGGUGCUGGUGUCCAGGUGGGGAAGGCUACCCACCCAGGACUUCCUGGGCAGCCUAGGAUUCUUUCUGCUGCGGAGAGGGUCAGUCAGUGCUGAGCAGCUGUCAGUGUGGUCUCCCUGCGAAUGCCGUGGCCUUUGUGCUCACCCGUGGAGGCCAGGGUGAUCUCAAACCUGCUCUUGUCUCUACCUGUGGGCACUGGUGGGCUGUAGCCUGGCCAGCUUGUGAUGCCCCUGGUCUUUGCCCAACAGCCCCAGCCCGCCCCUGGCAUGGAGACCUUCUUUAGGAAACACUUCCAGUGGAAGGCAUCUAGCUCUGGACAGGGGCUGCGGCGGCCUAGUGGUGCAGGGCUGCCCACUAGCAAGGCCCGGCGUCGCUCACCUGCCGGGCAGGCCUCCUCUUCGUUGGCACAGCGGCGCCGCUCCAGUGCCCAACUGCAGGGCUGCCUCCUAGGCUGUGGGCUAGUUGCCCGGGGUGCCAGCUGCCGCCGGCGUUCUAGCACCGCACCCCCCACCUGUAACCCUCGCUUCACCGUGAAUGAGGUGCCCACCUUGAAGCCUGCUGCUGUUGGGGCCCAGGACCUGUGCACACCCCUGCUGCUGGCUGGACUUGUAGGCGUGAAGGAGGAGCAGGAGGAGGGGGUCCAGGAAGAGAAGGUUAUGGCCAGGGCACGCAGCUCUCCUCAGCCUGGCACUGGGAUUCUAGAGCCCCCUGUGCAUCAGGGUCCCCGGCCACCGCUGCUGCUUGUGCCCCAGUGUCUGCGCCGGGCAUCCUCCCACCUGUUCCCCACUGAUGUGUGUGACCACACCUUCUGGGGCCUGCAUGGCCACUAUCAUCGCCUCAGCCAGCGACAACCUAGCUCUGGGGGCCGAAGAGCCUCGGGCACCUCCCUGUGCCCCGCAGUUCCUCCCCGGGUACGACCGCUGUCCCGCAGGCGCCAGGUAGCCCUGCGGCGCAAGGCGGUAGCCGGAUCCCAGGCCUGGAGCACGCUGCUUGUGAAAGCCAUCACCAAGUCGGGCCUCCAGCACCUGGCACCCCCACAUCCCCCCCUUGGGCCCCCGUGCGGCGAAUCUGAGCGGCAGAUACGGAGCACUGUGGACUGGAGUGAGUCAGCCACGUAUGGGGAGCACAUCUGGUUUGAGACCAACGUUUCUGGGGACUUCUGUUAUGUUGGGGAGCAGUACUGCAUUGCCAAGAUGCUGCAGAAAUCGGUGCCCAGGAAAAAAUGUGCAGCCUGCAAGAUCGUGGUACACACCCCCUGCAUUGAGCAGCUGGAGAAGAUCAACUUCCGCUGUAAGCCAUCGUUCCGGGAAUCAGGCUCGAGGAAUGUCCGAGAACCGACCUUCGUAAGGCAUCACUGGGUGCACAGGCGACGGCAAGAUGGCAAGUGCCGGCAUUGCGGGAAGGGCUUCCAGCAGAAGUUCACCUUCCAUAGCAAGGAGAUCGUGGCAAUCAGCUGUUCCUGGUGCAAGCAGGCAUACCACAGCAAGGUGUCGUGCUUCAUGCUGCAGCAGAUCGAGGAGCCCUGCUCCCUGGGGGUCCAUGCGGCUGUGGUCAUCCCGCCCACCUGGAUCCUCCGUGCCCGGAGGCCCCAAAGCACCCUCAAGGCCAGCAAGAAGAAGAAGAGAGCGUCCUUUAAGAGGAAAUCCAGCAAGAAGGGGCCUGAGGAGAGCCGCUGGAGACCCUUCGUCAUCCGGCCCACCCCAUCCCCCCUCAUGAAGCCCCUGCUGGUGUUUGUGAACCCCAAGAGUGGAGGCAACCAGGGCGCCAAGAUAAUUCAGUCCUUCCUCUGGUACCUCAACCCCCGGCAAGUCUUUGACCUGAGCCAGGGAGGGCCUAAGGAGGCGCUGGAAAUGUACCGCAAAGUACAUAAUCUACGGAUCCUGGCGUGCGGUGGCGAUGGCACGGUUGGCUGGAUUCUCUCCACCCUGGACCAGCUGCGCCUGAAACCACCGCCCCCUGUGGCUAUCCUGCCUCUGGGGACCGGCAAUGACUUGGCCCGCACCCUCAACUGGGGUGGAGGCUAUACUGAUGAGCCUGUGUCCAAGAUCCUGUCCCAUGUUGAGGAGGGCAACGUGGUGCAGCUGGACCGCUGGGACCUCCGGGCUGAGCCCAACCCUGAGACAGGGCCCGAAGAGCGAGACGAGGGUGCCACUGAUCGGCUGCCCCUGGAUGUUUUCAACAACUACUUCAGCCUGGGCUUUGAUGCCCAUGUCACCCUGGAGUUUCAUGAGUCUCGAGAGGCCAAUCCAGAGAAGUUCAACAGCCGCUUUCGGAAUAAGAUGUUCUAUGCCGGGACAGCCUUCUCUGACUUCCUGAUGGGCAGCUCCAAGGACCUGGCCAAGCACAUCCGAGUGGUGUGUGACGGAACAGACCUGACCCCCAAGAUUCAGGACCUCAAACCCCAGUGCAUCGUUUUCCUGAACAUCCCCAGGUACUGUGCGGGCACCAUGCCCUGGGGCCACCCUGGGGAACACCAUGACUUUGAGCCUCAGCGGCACGACGACGGCUACCUCGAGGUGAUCGGCUUCACCAUGACAUCCCUGGCAGCGCUGCAGGUGGGCGGGCACGGUGAGCGGCUCACCCAGUGCCGUGAGGUGCUGCUCACCACGGCCAAGGCCAUCCCAGUGCAGGUGGACGGCGAGCCCUGCAAGCUGGCAGCCUCACGCAUCCGCAUCGCCCUGCGCAACCAGGCCACCAUGGUGCAGAAGGCCAAGCGGCGCAGCGCUGCGCCCCUGCACAGCGACCAGCAGCCUGUCCCUGAGCAGCUGCGGAUCCAGGUGAGCAGGGUCAGCAUGCACGACUAUGAGGCCCUGCACUAUGAUAAGGAGCAGCUCAAAGAGGCCUCUGUGCCACUGGGCACUGUGGUGGUCCCCGGAGACAGUGACCUAGAGCUCUGCCGUGCCCACAUUGAGAGGCUGCAGCAGGAGUUUGACAGUGCUGGAGCAAAGUCCCCAACAGGCCAGAAACUGUCGCCCAAGUGGUGUUUCCUGGAUGCUACCACAGCCAGCCGCUUCUACAGGAUUGACCGCGCACAGGAGCACCUCAAUUAUGUGACUGAGAUCGCCCAGGACGAGAUUUACAUCCUGGAUCCCGAGCUGCUGGGGGCAUCGGCCAGGCCGGACCUCCCCACCCCCACAUCCCCCCUUCCUGCCUCCCCCUGCUCCCCAACGCCCCGGUCACUGCAAGGGGAUGCUGUGCCCCCCCCAGGUGAGGCGCUGAUUGAAGCUGCCCAGAGGAACGACUUUUGUAAGCUGCAGGAGCUGCACCGAGCUGGAGGGGACCUCAUGCACCGGGACUCGCGUGGCCGCACGCUCUUGCACCAUGCGGUGGGUGCGGGCAGCAAGGAAGUGGUCCGCUACCUGCUGGACCAAGCACCCCCUGAGAUCCUUGAUGCAGUGGAGGAGAAUGGAGAGACCUGUCUGCACCAGGCGGCGGCCCUGGGCCAGCGCACCAUCUGCCACUACAUUGUGGAAGCCGGGGCGUCACUCAUGAAGACAGACCAGCAGGGCGACACUCCCCGGCAACGGGCUGAGAAGGCACAGGACGCUGAGCUGGCUGCCUACCUUGAGAACCGGCAGCACUACCAGAUGAUCCAGCGUGAGGACCAGGAGACAGCUGUGUAGCUGAAGCCUAGAGGGCGGGGCAGCUGGAGGGACAGCGCAGGAUGAGCUGCCUUGGUGCCCACCUCACUGCUACAUUCCAGUUGCCACUGGAGGGGGAGCCUGCCCCAGGGAAGGAGCUGCCCUCAUGACCUAGGGCUGGACUCCGAGGAACUGGGACUGUCACCUGCCUUCUUCUCAGCCUGCAACUUGUCCCCCAGGCUCAUAGCAGAACCGGGUGGCUGGGCCACUGCGGGACAGCCUUGCCCUCAGCCGGGCAGAUGCGCUGAGGAGAGGCCUGGCUGGGCACAGGGCAACAAGCCUCUGGAAGAGGCUCUACAGGCUACCUGGUCCCCAGGGCCCACCCAGCUCCUGGGAGCUCAACCCCUCACCUCUUUACCACUCUCCUGGAACACAGCCUGCCGUGUUGGCCGGCCCUGCCCUGCUUGGCACCAACCUUGGUGACCCUACCCUCCCAUGUACCCAGCAUUUCAUCGUGGACUGUGUGGCCAGGGGCCGG